UUAGAAAAACAGAGGGAGAGAUUCCCCCUACGAGGAGGAGGAGGAGACGCACGCAGCAGCGAGACGAUGCGUGUCGUGUACAGCUUGUUUUUACAUUUGUUUAUGUCCUAGUGGCUGCGGCUGCCUGUUGCAGUGGGCGCCGGCCGGUGGCUUUCGCUUUUGCCAAGGUCAGCCAUGGAUUCCUUCCGCUCCCCUCCGCUCCUCUCCUCCUCUCCUCGCGCGCAGCAGCCGAGCUGGAACCGAGACUGAGCUGAGCAUAUGUGCGUGUGCACCGAGCUAUACUAGUGGAGUAUUAUCAGGAGGUAAUAGCACGGCAGGUCCAUGAACUUGCCUUGCAUGUGAUACUUUGGUCCUUAAACUUGCAAAAGCUAACUAUCUAGUCCUUAAACUUGUCUCAGAUGUGCAUGUUUAGUCCUGGGUCAAUCAGAGCAGCCAAGUGGAGCUAGCCGGACCUGACCGGUCGCCGCUCGCCAUUUUGCAGAUACCCCCCUGACGUUUUGCCAAAUAAACCGAUGGCCUCGCUCCUUGCCUGCACCUAGAGGGGCCGCGCGCGGCCACGACGCCCUGGCUGUUCCUGUUCGGGGAUCGAGGCGAACGGUGGCUGGGGUGCGUCCGCCGCCGCCACGGCCGUGCACGCGCUCGACGCGCACCGGUGACGCAGGGUCGGGGCGGCCCCGCUCAAAGGUAGGUUCUUGUUCUCCAUCGUGGGCGUCGGGGACGAGCUCUACGUUGUCGACGGCCGUUCCGAGGGGUCGAGCGCCGACUCUGUCAAGACCAAGACGUAGAAGGUAGUCAUUGUGUCCAGCCCCCUCAUCGGCGCGACCGGCCCGGUCACGGCCGGUGCUGGAGGCGUUUGAGAUGUCCGCCAGUCGCAGCUUUGUGCACGCCCGCGUCGAGAAGCAUAUCCGGCGCGCCAACACCGGCGGCAAGUUCCGGCUGGGAGGCACCUCCGCCGUGUACGAGGACCCGCAUGGGCUCUCACUCCGGUGGCUCCGUCUCAGGGAUGUACUGAACGAGGACACCGAUUCCACUGGCCCAGCUCACGGUCACGGCAAGGUUGCCAAGCAAGAGAAACAGCCAGCUCAGCCAAGGCAAGCUCUUAUCGCUGUGGGUGGCCGAGGGCCAUGGGACGAGCCCCUCGUGUCCGGCGAGAUAUACAAUCCGAUGAUCGACAAAUGGGUCGAGAUCGCCUGGUUCCCCACCGACGUCGGCCUGGCAUGCUCCGGCGCCGUCUGCGGCGACACGUUAUACGUCUACUUCGAGUCCGACACGCUCGUCGCCUACCAUCUCGACGCCGGCUCAUGGUCCGUCGUCCAGACGUCCCGGCCGCCGCCACGGCUCCGAGACUACACGCCGGCGCUGGUCUGCUGCGCGUCCAGGCUGUUCAUGCUCUGCGUCUCGUGGUGUGACCCGGCGAAUCGAAGGGACAAGGUGGUGCGGAAGGUGUUCGAGAUGAACCUCGGCUCGACACCGCUGCUCCAGUGGACCGAGGCGUCCGCACACCCGGACGCACCCAUGGAUUCCAACAGUGUUCGCCGCCGGCCAGGACAGGAUCAACUUGUAGAGAUGUUCAGAAUCUUCGACAAGAUCCUCGACUUCGCGACGGCUUGCCGGGUCUCGGGCAGCGAGCAGAGCUGGAGCCACAUCGCCCGGGAGAACGCGGCCGCCAUGUCCUGCCCGCUGAAAUCCUUGGCCGUGCUGCUUCUCUAAAGAUCGCCGAUGUGUACUCUGUUUUUCUUUUCCACUUACACUGAUGAUUUGUUUGUUGCCAUGAGCUGUUGAUUGAUGUGCAGCUCGGUAAAGCCAUUCCAUUCCAUUGCAUUGCA